AUGGCCCCCAAUGUCUUCUGGAUCGGUCUUGGCAACAUGGGCCGUGGAAUGGCCAAGAACAUCGCCGAGAAAGGCCAACUGGGCGGUCCUUUGGCCAUCUACAACCGGUCUAAGCAACGAGCAGUUGAUCUGAGCGCCGGUCUCCCCUCAGGAAAGUCGGAGGUGGCAGAGUCCGUCGAGGCCGGCGUGGCAAAGGCCGACGUCAUAUUCAUCUGCCUCGCAAACGAUGCAGCUGUCACAGAGACGGUCAGCGCUAUCGUGAAGGCCGACAUUAAAGGCAAGGUGGUUGUUGACUGCUCAACCAUCCACCCCGACACCACCGAGGCAAUCGCCAAGACGAUUAUCUCCAAGGGUGCCGAGUUCGUCGCGUGCCCUGUCUUUGGCGCACCACCGAUGGCGGACGCCGGUCAGCUUGUGCCCGUUCCCGCUGGGCCUAAGUCGGCUGUCGAUAGGAUCAAGCCGUUCCUUGAGGGUGUCACCUCGCGGGCGAUCAUCGACAUGAGCGGCGAGCCUUACAGCAAGGCCUCGCAACUCAAGCUGCUGGGUAAUACGUUCAUCCUGAACAUGGUCGAGCAAGUCGCCGAGGGCCACGUGCUCGCCGAGAAGAGCGGGCUGGGGACACAGUACUCGCACAAGUUCAUCGAGCUAAUGCUGCCUGGCAUAUACCCUCCCUACUCGACUAGGAUGCUGAGCGGCGACUACUGGAAGAGGAAGGAGCCUCUGUUCCACGCAGAUCUCGCCAGGAAAGACGCCGGGCACGCCUUGAAGAUCGCGAAGGACUCUGGGGUAAAGCUUGGAAACCUCGAGGUGGCGGAUGCCCAUCUGGCAAAGAUCCAGGAGCACACGGAUAAUGGCGACAUUGCGGGCAUCUACGGAGCCGUCAGACAGGAGAAUGGCCUGAAAUUUGAGAACGAUGCUUAG